AUGAAAUCUGACUUCAAAUUCUCUAAUCUUUUGGGGACAGUUUACAGACAGGGAAACCUUUUGUUCUCCAAAGAUGGAUCUAAGCUCUUGUCUCCAGUUGGGAACCGAGUUUCAGUGUUUGAUUUGAUCAACAAUACUUCUUUUACAUUUGCUUACGAACAUAGAAAGAACGUCGCGGUGGUUGACAUCAACAAGCAAGGGACUCUAUUACUUUCGAUUGACGUUGAUGGACGUGGUAUUUUGGUCAACUUCAAGACUAGAAAUGUGUUGCAUCACUUCAACUUCAAGGAACCUGUGCACGAUUUGAAAUUCUCGCCGGAUGGGAAAUUGUUUGCAUUGGCAGUCGGGAGGUUUUUGCAGAUAUGGAGAACUCCCGAAACCACGGAGGAUAGGCAAUUUGCUCCGUUUGUUCGUUACAGAAUACACGCUGGCCAUUUCUCCGAGAUCACCUCGUUAACUUGGUCCAAGGAUUCCAGAUUUAUCAUCUCUGCCUCAAAGGAUUUGACUUCUAGAAUAUGGUCGGUUAAUGCGGAGGAAAAGAAUUUAGCGUCCACCACUUUUGCAGGUCACAGAGAUAACGUUAUUGGUGCCUACUUCAGCGACGACCAAGAAAAAAUAUACACUAUUAGCAAAGACGGUGCUCUAUUCCAAUGGGAAUACACCAAAAGACCCGGAGAGGAAGAGGACGAAGACCCAGAAGAUGAAGAGAACAUCGAUUUAUCUAAAUAUAGUUGGAGAAUUACGAAAAAGAACUUUUUCCACUCGAACAGGGCUAAGGUGAAAUGCUCUGCAUUCCAUUCUGCUUCGAACAUUCUAACAGUAGGUUUCUCAAAUGGUGAGUUCAGACUAUACGAACUCCCUGAUUUCUUGAUGAUACAACAGCUUUCAAUGGGUCAAAAUGCGGUCAAUACCGUUGCUAUUAACAACUCGGGAGAAUGGCUUGCUUUCGGUUCCAGCAAAUUAGGCCAGUUAAUUGUCUAUGAAUGGCAAUCAGAAUCUUACAUUUUGAAGCAACAAGGCCACUUUGAUACUUUGAAUGGAUUAUGUUACUCUCCAGAUGGGUCGAAAAUUGUAACAGCUAGUCAUGAGGGAAAAAUCAAGAUAUGGGAUGUCGCGUCUGGUUUCUGUUUAGCAACUUUUGAUGAGCAUGCAGCAGCUGUAACUGCAGUAGAAUUUGCUAAGAAGGGCCAAGUGCUCUUCUCUGCUUCCUUAGAUGGUACCGUCAAGGCAUGGGAUCUAAUCAGAUACCGUAACUUUAGAACUUUUACCGCUACAGAAAGAAUACAGUUCAACUGCUUGGCCGUUGAUCCAAGUGGUGAGGUUGUAUGCGCCGGUUCCGAAGAUAGCUUUGACAUUUUUGUUUGGUCAGUACAAACUGGUCAAUUAGUGGAUACCUUAUCUGGGCACGAGGGCCCUAUAUCGUGCUUAUCCUUUAGUAACGAAAAUGGUGUAUUGGCAUCCUCAUCAUGGGAUAAAACCAUUAGAAUAUGGUCAAUUUUCGGAAGAAGUCAACAGGUAGAACCAUUUGAAGUAUUCGCAGAUGUUCUUUCCUUGUCAAUGAGGCCAGAUGGACAGCAUGUUGCUGCAAGUACUUUAAGUGGCCAAAUCUUAUUCUUCGAUAUAACAGAAGGAAAGCAAAUCGGGCAUAUUGAUGGUAAAAGAGAUAUUAUUUCAGGUAGACAUUUAGAAGAUAGAUUUGCGGCAGAAAAUUCCGCAAGAUCAAAGUACUUCACCACAAUUCAAUAUAGUUUUGAUGGUUUAUCCCUUGUUGCUGCUGGUAACAACAAUUCCAUUUGUCUAUAUGACAUUCCGAAUGAAGUGUUAAUAAGAAGAUUCACAGUGUCAAAAAACAUGACGUUAAAUGGUACUUUGGAGCAGUUAAAUUCGAACAGAAUGACCGAAGCAGGUUCGCUAGAUUUAAUUGACCAGGAUGCUGAGAACUCAGAUUUAGAAGAUCGUAUCGACAACAGUCUUCCUGGCUCAAACAGGGGAGGUGACUUAUCAACUAGAAGAGUAAGACCUGCUAUCCGAGUAACUGCUAUCAGAUUUUCCCCAGCAGCCAAUGCAUUUGCAGCAGCUUCUACAGAGGGUCUUUUGAUAUACUCCGUCGACGACAGUAUUUUAUUCGACCCUUAUGAUCUAGACGUUGAUGUUACACCACAAAAUGUCAUUCAAGCUCUAGAAGAUAAAGAAUACUUAAAUGCUAUUCUAAUGGCAUUCCGUUUGAACGAAAGCUAUCUAAUAAACAGGGUAUACGAAGCUAUUCCAACGAAUGAUAUUCCCUUGAUUUGUAAUGAAUUGCCAGUUGUGUACGUCGCACGAAUCCUUAAAUUUGUUGGGGAGUACGCAUUGGAAUCACAACAUCUUGAAUUCAAUCUACUAUGGAUAAAAACCAUCCUAACGGCUCAUGGAACUUAUAUUGCAGCAAAUAAACACCAAUUUUCUAGUGCGCUAAGGGCUGUACAAAGAUUCAUUGGAAGAAUUGCAAAAGAUGUUGUUCAAACUUACAAAUCUAACAAAUAUACCCUUGAUUUCCUCAUCAAUACUGAUGGUUCAAGUGCUAACGAUGACGGCAACUUGGGCAAUGCUGAUCUACUGUUAAAUAACGUGGAGGAUGAGGAAACUAACGAUACAAAUAGUGUCAAUGAAGAUUCUGAUGAGGGUGAAUGGAUUGGAUUCGAAGAGAAGACAUCAAAAUUACCCAUCGAAGAAGAUGAUUCUGAUGAAGACAUCCUCUUAUAA